CAGAUUUGGCUCAAGCCUGCCCGCCCCUCACCGAGGCCCCAGCAGCGCAGAGCGAUGACCAGCCUGCGGCCGCAGUCCCGGGUGCUGCGCAGCCAGGCGCUGGCGGCCAGCGCGCUGCUGGCGGCGGUCGCCACGGUGCUGCUCGGCUGGGGCCCCGCGGGCGCCGCGUUCGCGGAGCCCCGGGGCGUCUCGGCCCGCCCGGCGGCCCAGCCGCGCGCCAGGGUGAAGAUGCACGGGGCCUACAACAGGUUCACGAAGAGGAACACCUUCGGCGAUGGGCAGUACAUUACCAACAAGAGGCUCGCAAUGGAGGACCAGGACCUCCAAGGGUACGUGAUGUUCGAAGAAAUGGAGAAGUCGAUGUUCGACGGGAACCAGGAGAAGAAGACGAUCAUUGAGAGGUACUGGGGCAAGAAGUUCGUGGUCCGGACGGACACCUGGGAGUACGAGCUGUACAAGGACGACUGGGAGAUUGGGUGGCCCAAGACGGGCAUCUGGUCGAAGGACUUCCGGAUGCCGAUCAACGGGAGGUAUGGAUUCAUAAAGCGCGAAAGGGAGCUGCGCGGUGAGUACGCUGGGAUGGUGAAGAAGCUGUUCAAGAGGCACAGCCAUGGCUGGAAGUACCCGAACGGGAAGGCGGUCCACCUGACCAAGCUCCAGCACAUCCCGUUCACGAGGGAGAUCUACGGAGAGAAGUAUGCCGGGAAGGCCCCGUGGCUGCUCGACCCCAGGGAGGUGCCGCUUCGCAAGCGCCAGCUCGAGGCCAACCGGCUCAAGAGGCGCCUCGAGCAGGAGGCCGAGCUUCUGCGGGUCAAGCGCCUGCGCGAGCUUGGGAUCUACGCCGGCGAGCAGGAGUGGAGGCGCCCGUGGCAGCCGCAGGUGGACCUGCUCACCGGGGAGCUCCUGGAGGAACUGCAGGACGUGUCGCUCCCAGAUCUGGACGAGGACGAGGUCGAGGACGAGAGCGAGGACGAGAGCGAGGACGAGGACGAGUGA